UAAUAAAUGAAUCCUUUUAAAUCGUGUCUGAAGGUUUAAAAUACUACGGGGCAACCGCGUUAUGGUUUUAAUGCGGAACGCAACUGUUAUCCCUGCAAAACGGGACGAUUCCGUUUUAUUAUAAUAUUUUCCCAGCCGGGACGCUUGAAAACCCACUGAAAAUUAAUCUCUUGAAGCAGAAAGUUUUCGUUUUCCCCUUUUUAGUAAAAAACACAGCAGCGGCAGCUCGCGAGCGCAGAGCGCAGCGGAACUGGGAGCUCGCGAGCGCAGGAAGUCGUCGCAGCGGACUGAGGACGAGCGGUCGCUGUUUGCUCUGAUGUCUGUCGUCGCGCGGCCGUUUCCCGGCAGCUCGCUCUCGUGUGUGACGCGCGCAGGAGCCGCGAGGCCCUCCCACACGCGCUGCCGGGCUCGCGCUCACUCGCGCACACUCGGACUCGAGCCGCAUGGCACGCACGUGUGGAGCCGCGCGCGCCGCCCUCGCGCUGCUGCUGCUGCUGGCGCUGCUGGCGGCGCAUCACCGGUGCAGCCAGAGUCCAGGCCCAACUUCACCCUCAGAGUGGAUGUUCCUGCUCGCACCCUGACCGUUUCCGUGGCAACGGAGUUUGACAUCCGGGUGCGGUUGUGUUACCAGCAGCACAAGGACACCUGCUCUGAGCUCUCGCCUGCUGUGGUCGACCUGGUGACGGCACACUCUCCGAACGCCACGCUCAGGUUCCCCUACCUCCUGCCGUGUCUCUGUGUGCAGGUGUACUUCCGAUUCCGUGACGCGCUCCGCACCGUUGUUUGCCCCUUUGAGCACCAGCUGGACGGUGCGGAAGUGUGGCGCUCCAGCAGCGUUGAGGUCACCGGGGUCACUCUGCUCUGGAUUUCCCAGUGUCCUCUGAGGCCCUCGGCCACGCUCUGCUGGAGGCUCCCAGGGACGGUUCCCGACUGCCUCCGCAUCGCCAACUCCUCGCUGAGUGUCCUGCAUUCGCACGCAAGUCCCAUCCUCACCAAGUACGAUAUUUCUUCUGUGGACCAGCACCCCGACAUGUGUGUGCAGCUGGCUCUCAAUGGCACCGCAAAGCACUUCUGCCGGUUUGCGCCAGGACUGACUCAGUGGAGCGCUGACGUGGUUCCCGCCAUCCGCCACAUGCGUGUGCUCUUCACCUCCUCGAUCCCAGCAUCCUUUUCGGCUCAGCUGUGUGUCCUGCGAGGGCAAGAGUGUGUGUCCCACGGCACAGUUCACUCUGUCAGCCAGGUGAAGGAGCGGGAGCUUGUGUGUGUGUGUGUGUGUGUGUGUGUGUGUGUGCGCUUAGAAAAAAAGACGCUCAGCCCGAAGUCCCCUAACACAGCGUUGUUCCCCGUUCCGCAGGAAGAGGGAGUCGGCCAACCGCAGUUGCUCAUCCCUUUUUCCCAUGACCCAGCGGGGCUGUGUGUGCAGGUGUGGUGCUCGGAUCCCCCUCUUCUGGGACGGAGGCUCUUCUGCCCCGACUGUACGUGUUUUCCGGCAGCUUCCGUGCCGUCGACCGGUCGCUGCGGCUCGUUCCCCGUGACCCCACCCCUCACGCAUUCUUCCUCCUCAGGCUUGCACCGCAGAUGGGGCCUCGUUGCCAUGGCAGCCGUACUUGUGCUCUUGUGUGCCGUGUCCGCGGUUUACCUGAGUUACCGUGUGGCCCAGAGGAGGCAGACAGGCUGGAAGCUGCAGCACAAACCCGUGUUACUCGUGAGCUCAUCUGAGCGGACGCAGCAUGUGUCCGCCAUGUGUGCCCUGGCCUCUAUCCUGCAGACGGAGCUGCGAGCCCGUGUCCGCACGGCCCUCCUGGCGCAGGGCGAGGGCGAGGGCGGCAGCGUGGCUGACCUGGGGCCCUUGCCUUGGCUCUACGGACAGUGUGAGACGGUGCGGGGCGCAGGGGGGCGCGUGCUCCUCAUCUGGAGCCCAGAGGGCAAGAGGGCGUACCAGAGCCUGGGGGGUGUCGGGUCCCCGGAACCCGAGGAGCCGGACGGUGGCGCGACAGAGCCCAGCGCUCUUACCGCCCCCAUCCUGAGGGCAGCGCUGGCAUACCUGCGGGGAGCGCUGCAAGGUGGCGACCCCUGCCACGGCUUUGCCCUCGUGUGUUUCCAGGGCCUGUGCGAGCAGAGGGACGUCCCGCAGGAGCUCCGCCAGCUUCCCGUUUUCCAGCUGCCCCGCGACUUCGGUGCCUUGCUGCAGGCACUGCGCGAGCGGCCCGCGGACGCCAGGUGGCGCUGUUGGCACAGCCUGAACAGCAGCAUCGAGGCACGGGUGGCUGCCAAACGGAUGGCGCAGAAGCUGCGGCCCUGGCUGCCAACCAAGGAAGCGGGAAAAGUGGGCGGUGGGACCGACGGGAGCGGACGCGCGUCCGCAGGGACAGUGGCUCGAGACGCACCGUGAGCUCCGACACGCAGAAGGUCCCUAGAAGUGCUGGAGGUGUGAAGAGGAGCAGCAUGGAGAUGAAUGACACACAUGUACUGUGAGCUGUCACACACACGCAAACACACACACUGUCAUACUCCGGCCUCCUCGUGCUAUAGUGUGCAGACACUCGAAAGCUCCUUGACGUGAAGGUUGCUGGCGCUGGCUGGCAGGAGGGCGGGGCUCCCUGGACCGCCCCCUCGUACCUGAGCGAAAGGAAAUCAGCUGAGACACGUCGACGCUUCAAGGCGGAGCUCGUUGGCUGGAAACGCGAGAAGCGAGUCGCACCCGGGACGGUUCACGUUUUCACCCCCCCCCCCACCCAGAUGGCACAACACAGACCAGUCUAACAGGACAAGUGUUCCUGUGGAGCUGCUCAUCACACCGUGCAGCUGCCCCCCCCCCACAAGCAGGGGUCACAGUGGUGAGACUUUGACGUUACUGCUGCUUUCCACUUGAAAGACUUGGGUUGGAAUCCCACCUUCUGCUGUAGUAACAGUUACCUUGCUGUAUGAUAAAUGAAAAAAUAAAUGACUCUUGUUGAAAACAGGUGCCACGGGGGGGAGGGGGGAGGGGGGACUGGACAACUGGAGAACUGGAGAACAACAGGAAAUCCAACAAACAGAGUAAAGUCAGUAAAAGUGGUAAGAGCAGCAGAGAAAGAAGAAGUCCAGGAUCACAAGUAUGGGGAAGCAGCACCACGAGCCUUCAGAGUACUAGUAACAGUGUAAAACUGUGUAAUUAACUGUCUAAUACUUGUGUAGCAGUUAAUGAACAAUAUGAUAAGUGUAACAACAGUGUAACAUUACUGUAUCAGUAUUGAUAUGUGAAUAUUUCCAUGUACCAACAUACAUUAAUUCCAAAUGCACUUUCCGCCCUGGACUUUGAACCCGGCUGCACCGCGGUUAAUGUUUCACCAGGGUUCCACCGUGUCUCUACCACGGUACAAACGUAUCCGAAACACUAUGGCACUGUGGUUCUUUGCUGAACUUCUACAAGCCACUUUGUUGGAGUGAAUGGAGCUCAGUUUCCCAGGGGUGAGGGUUCGAGGAAAGGAGGAGCACCACUGUGAGCCGCAGGGAGGGGUCACCAUGUGUGAUGUGCAGCGUAACGGUCAGUGUGCAGAGCGCCCGCCCCCACGCGGUCAGAAAGGUCCACUUCCUCCGGGAACGGCCCGGGUGGCUCGUGGGGUGUAAAGAGCAGGUAAAAACAGCACAGGGAAUAAACACAGCAGCAGCAGGUGAGACGACCUGGAUCUUCUACAGCGAUGCAGUGACCCGGCCCGUCAACAUCACAACAUUAUGGGUUGGGACAGGUGGCCUUCGGUGGGUCAGACGGUCAGACAGUCCACGGGACACAGACUUCUGGAGGUGUCCACAUGCUCAGGAUCAACCCAGAGGCACACACAGGUGUGUGUGGACAGCUGUUAUGGCAGCUGUGUCUCAAGUCCACUUUUAAAUGUGGCACUGUGGCGCAGCAAGUGGUGCGAGAGGACGUGGGUUCAAUCCCCACUCAGUCUGCAUGGAGUCUGCAUGUCCUCCUCUUC